CCCCGGCUUUGGCCGCCGAGAGAGGCCGGUCGCUGGCAGCGCCGCUCCGCCGCCGCCGCAGGGAGCCGUGCCCGGGCCGCAGCUCCACAUCCACCAUGUUGCCCUGUGGAACAGCUCUGUCCUUUAUUCGGUGUCUGGUGCGGAAGAAGAACAUUGGCGGUGAAAGCCUCGAGGACACCAAGCUGUGCCGAUGCUUAUCAACCCUGGACCUGGUAGCCCUGGGAGUAGGGAGUACCCUUGGUGCUGGUGUCUAUGUCCUUGCUGGAGAAGUGGCCAAAUCUGAUUCUGGACCUAGCAUCAUUGUUUCUUUCCUCAUUGCUGCCAUUGCGUCUGUGAUGGCAGGUCUCUGCUAUGCUGAAUUUGGCGCUCGUGUCCCCAAGACUGGUUCUGCGUAUUUGUACACUUACGUUACAGUAGGUGAACUGUGGGCCUUUAUCACUGGCUGGAACCUCGUUUUAUCCUAUAUCAUAGGUACAUCAAGUGUCGCAAGAGCCUGGAGUGGCACCUUUGAUGAACUUCUUGGAAAACGGAUUGGUCAUUUCUUCAGUGCCUACUUCAAAAUGAAUUACUCUGGGCUAGCAGAGUAUCCUGACUUCUUUGCUGUACUCCUUAUAUUACUUCUAUCAGGUCUUUUAUCUUUUGGAGUAAAAGAGUCUGCAUGGGUGAAUAGAAUUUUCACUGCUAUUAACAUCUUGGUCCUAGUCUUCGUUAUUAUUUCUGGGUUUGUGAAAGGUGAAGCUGACAACUGGAAGAAAAGUGAAGAAUAUCUCAGAAACUUUACUGCAGUAACAGAGAACCGCUCAUCCUAUGAAAAUGUGACAAGUGUGUAUGGGAGUGGUGGCUUUAUGCCAUAUGGUUUCACAGGAACAUUGGCUGGUGCUGCAACCUGUUUUUAUGCUUUUGUUGGAUUUGACUGCAUUGCAACAACUGGAGAAGAGGUCAAGAAUCCUCAGAAAGCCAUACCCAUAGGAAUUGUGGUGUCCCUACUUGUCUGCUUCAUGGCCUAUUGCUUGGUUUCAGCUGCACUGACACUUAUGAUGCCGUAUUAUCUGCUAGAUGAGAAAAGUCCUCUGCCAAUAGCAUUUGAAUAUGUUGGAUGGGGUCCUGCUAAAUACGUUGUAGCAGUGGGAUCCCUCUGUGCUUUGUCUACAAGUCUUCUUGGAUCCAUUUUCCCAAUACCACGUGUAAUCUAUGCUAUGGCGAAGGAUGGGUUGCUUUUCAAAUGUCUAGCUCAAAUCAAUUCCAAAACGAAGACCCCACUAGUUGCUACUCUAUCGUCUGGUGCAGUAGCAGCUGUAAUGGCAUUUCUGUUUGACCUAAAGGCUUUAGUGGACAUGAUGUCUAUUGGCACACUUCUUGCUUAUUCACUUGUGGCAACCUGUGUCCUCAUUCUUAGGUACCAACCCACCUAUGAGGAACCAAAAUACUCUCCAGAAAAAGCAGCUUUGGCUGCAGCUGAAAGAGCAUCUGCAGUAAGUGAGUCACAGAUAAACAUGAUAGAAGAGAAUCACUUUCGUCUUCAGGCCUUGAUUAAUCCAUCCAGUUUACCAACUGAGCAGACUGCAACUAUAGUUAACUUCUUAGUGGGCCUCUUAGCUUGCUUGAUUUGUGGCUUCAGUGUCCUCAUUACAUAUGGGAUUCAUUUCAUUGCUAACUUGGAGCCCUGGAGUAUUGGCCUUCUUGCUUUAUUGGUGAUAUUCUUCAUAGUUACAAUUCUCCUCAUCCAAAGGCAGCCUCAGAACCAGCAGAAAGUAGCCUUUAUGGUUCCGCUAUUGCCAUUUUUGCCAUCAUUCAGUAUACUGGUAAAUAUUUACUUGAUGGUACAAUUAAGUGGAGAAACUUGGAUGAGAUUUAGCUUCUGGAUGUUACUUGGCUUCCUCAUUUACUUUGCCUAUGGCAUCAGACACAGUGUUGAAGGUCAUCGUGGCAAUGGAGAUGAUGAUUCUUGUUCAGAAAAUAGUGGGAUGCAAGAAAAGAACCCAGUGGAUGACCCUGAAAAUGCAAAUGAAAGGGAUCAAUUUCUUCCACAUGAAAGGACAAGUGAAUGUUAAACUCUGCAAACACACAAAUCUUUUAAACCUUCAAUUGGCAUUUUACUUGCAGACUGAAAUUUCAGAAGCUUUCUGCCAACAUGUUCCUUUUGAAAGUGUUUACUGCAACGCCUAACUGAUAUUUUGGACAAGCUGCUAAUCCAUCUUCAUAAUUUCAGAACUGACAGCAUGGAGAUUAAUAUUUAAAUUUUUUUAAAGUACCCUUUAGCAAGCAGAAAUUUGGAGACAUUGUUUGAAGUGUCAUCCAAAAUCACUGGCAAUCAUCAGAUAUGAAGACUUUUAGAACUGUCUGCAAGAAGUUCUGAGUAUUUGACAAUCCACUGUGAACAUAAGUGCCUUUCAUACCUUUUCCUUAUCUUUGUUACGUGUUUUGGUAACAAUCUAAAUUCUCUUCUUUCUGUUGGAGUAACUCAUGGGAGAUAAAUUUCAUUCAUACAGGCUGGAAAGUAUUUGCAAAAUGAAUGGUAAUUGUAUGGAUUAGAUACUUGGUAAAAAUUAGAGGAGCAUUUAUUUAUGUAAAAAAAAGUAAUUACUGGUGUUUGCUAAUCAUGACUAUUAAUCCAUAGUCAUGGAGAACUCAAGCAGUGAAGACACUUAAGAGCUUUUUAGUCCCUCUAAAUAGCAUUCAAGAUUUCUACUUAAGUGCAUGCCUUUUCUUUGAAGGAUGCUUCUCACAAAAGAAGCUCUUUUGUUUUCUGCAAAAUCAUCAGGGAAAUAAUAUGUUGGUUAUAGUAUUGACAGUGGCAAUCAGAUGUAAUUUAGAAAAUUUUUUGCUUUUGACUUCAGAAGGGCAAGAAUCUCAUCUGACUAAACAAUUUGGUACUUACCUCCAGCAGUCAUCCAGUUUUCCUCCUUACUAUUCACUUCUCCCCCUAUAUUUUCUCCUUUAUACAUGUCCCAGAAUUGAUAUUGCUGAGAUUAGUGUUGCAUAUUGCUUCUCCUAAGAAAAAUUAAUGCAAAAAAUCCCAGCUUUCUUUUCAGAUGGUAGGGGAGGCUAAAAAACAGAGGUCUGGAUUUUGGAAAAAAAACCUUAUCAAAACAGUAUUUAAUUCCUUCAUUAAGUGUUAAAAUGUAUAUUAGUGUAGGACUUUUUUGUGAGCCACGCCUACAUCCACAAAUCCAUUCAUGUGGGUGUGAUGUCAAAAUGCUAAUUUAUGUAAAGAACCAAACUGGAGUGGCAGUGCUGGAUAAACAAUUAUUUUAAUGCUGGUAAAAUCAGAAAAUGUUCUUCUUUUAGCAUAAGUCAUGUUAUCUGUCAAAGGCGCACAGAUACUUUAACACUUUUUCUCAGCAAGGAGUAGGUUCAA